AUGGACCUGCAGGCCUGUAUUUGUCCCGCCGCUGUCCUUGCGGCGAACGUGUCACUCCUCGACGGCGAGGAUGGCGUGUCCCACGCGCAUGGCAUACCAUGUGCUGGUGCUUUCGCCAUUGGGCCGCGUGGGCUUGAAGAGUAUCGCAGGGUUUGUCGGUCGCAGCUUGCUUGCGGGGUCUUGUGCAUGGGCCUUCCCGUCGUCUACACUGAAAAUCUCAUUCAACGGCAGCGGAUACGCGGCAAGUACGGACUGAAGGACGCCACCUCUCUGUCAGAGAUCGGCGCCGGAUGUUGCUACCCGUGUUCCAUCUUCCAGUCGCACACGUACCUAUAUGUCUCCACGCACCGGCCAGUGAAUCGGCCCACAGGUGUGACCGCGCCCCAUGGACCACUCAGCGGUGCCCUGCGCGCCAAGCAACGCGGUACACCCAGCACCUUGCGCAGUCAGGAGACGGCUUUGGGCCAGCAGGGUUCUCGCAAGGCCCAAGGCGUUGCUUCAACCGAUCCCAAGUCCACUGAGCAGUCAAGGCUAUCCUACGUCAAGCCGCAACCAGACGCCCUUGGGCCCGAUGCGGCAAAAACCGACGCAAGCCGCCAAACGUUAAUGCCGCACACGGCCAAUGCGGGGCAGGGCGGUGUUUCAGCCAGCGCCAUUGCGAGCAGCGUCGCGCCUGCGUCCAGCUCUAUUCCGCCGCCGGAGGUGACGGACUCCCCACGCGUCGGUGCACCGCCCGUCGACCCUACCGACGAUGAAACUGAUGACGCAGCGAGCGAGUUGACGGAUUCAGCAUCGCUCCCCAUCCCUUCGGCACUGCCCAUUUCGGCGACAAUGCGCAGCCCGCCCAGAUUCGACGUACCGCCAGCGCUACGGCCACCCGAUUCGGCGAACUCCGAAGUCAUAUCAGCAUGGAUGGAGGGCCCUAAGCUAUCGAAAUUGUCGUCACCGCUGCAGCCCCCUGCGGACGCCACGCGGGACCUCAAUGAAGAAGCCAGCAGCGCGGUACCGCCUAGCAAGCCACCCGGCGGGCCAGCAGCCUCGGGGGUUGGGAUGUCCGUCAGUGAUGCCUCCCUUUUCAGUCUGGCACUGGAUCCCGCCGUCUCGUACGCGCCCCCAGCCGCCACCCCCGAGCCGUCUGCCGGCAACGCCCCCUCAGGUGCCAGAGUUGUGCCGCCGCUCAAACUGCCACUGCCACCAUUGCCUACCCCAGGCAGCUCCAGGGAUCUGCAGCCGGCAACCUAUGACACUAUCACGUCCUCGAAGCUGUCGUCAAUGAUUGAUCAUGCGAUGCUUAACGGCAGCGGCAGUGCAGGGGGUCGUGGCAGCGGCAGCACGGCUUGCGGCAGCGGCAUUGGCUUGAGCUCUAUGGACCCUGGUGGCCCGUGGGAGAGCUACCGGCACACUGCCAUGACGCCCAUAGCAGAGGGCGACGCGGAGGAGGUGCCCCGGUCCAGUAACAAGUUUACCCAGUUACGAGUUGUCCAGGAGGAGCACAAAGCAGCUGCCACGAAUGAGGCGCCUGCACCGAAAGUUUCCCUGCAGCGCUUGCCACCAGCCAACUCCCGCAACUCGCGGCGCCACCUCAAUGGGUCGGGCAGCAGUGCUGGGUCAUCAGCGGGGCUUUCAGUCCGCUCCACGCAGGGCAGCCAGCGGGGCAGCGGCAGUGGAACUGCCGCCAGCGGGGCCACGGGUCAUGUGUGCGCCGGCGGCGCCGCACUUACAGCUUUAGCGCGCAUGGGAUCGGACAGUGGAAAUAAUUCCAUUGCGCUCCCCACCGGCAGUGCCCGUGCUGGUAACGUUUAUAAGAGGAACCCGGUAGCUUCUCCGGUGCUUCGUCCCAACCCCCCCCCUGCUGCUCCCCCUCCUGCGAGGGCUGCUGCUGCUGCGGUUGUGCGGGACUCUGACCCGCGAUUCGCAGGUGCUGGUGGUGACGAGGAGGACGACGUCGAUGACGGCAUGGGCGCUUCCGCGGAUAACUUCUCCUUUGCCGGUACGACUCCACAGCAGGUGCUGCUGCGGGUCAGCCCGCAGCCUGCGCGGCGGCAAGGAAGCUCACAGGGCCGUUACGGCACAGCGGUUGAGAGUCCCGCAAUCGUGUUCACGGCGGCCCAACGACCGGCGCCCACAUUCCGAGCUCCCGGUGAUGAGGACGAAGUCAAUUUCGCGUCUAUUCGCCCGAGCUUCAUCGACGGCCCGGAAAUGGAGGGCUUGAAGUCUGUUCUGCGCACAGCCGGCGAGGAGACCGAAGCAGGACCCGCAGCACCUCCGGCCCCUUCGACUGCUCAGGCGGCGCCGGCUGGAACCAUGUCCACAACAACUUCUGGAAGGCAACGGGUCGUCGCCCUCUCCUCAACUGUCACCACCUUGCAGCAGCGCGGCAGCGGCAGUAGGCGCUACGAUGCCGCUCGGACGCCUCCACCGUCUGCAGCGACAGCUGCGGGUUCGGGCGCCUUCGGUGAAGGUGCUGCCGCUGGCCCCUACGCUAGCUUCUGCGGGGAUGCGGUUCCACUGGAGGACGAUGCGGCGGCAUUGGAUGAGGACGCCUCCAGUGUCAUCGAUGGCCCGGUCAGCAGUGGUGAGGGCGACCCAGUCAUCACCGGGCCCCCAGCGGUGAGUGAACCUCCAUGUGACGGCUGUGGUGGUACAUCCAACCGCGACGACGCGUCAGCUGGCGGGGACGCGUCAGUCUCUAUCGCGGUCGCGGAGGUUCCAAGGGGUGCUACUAUCGACCCCGCCGAGAGUUCCGCGUUCGGCCUCACCCGGCGCAGCGUCAGCGGGCUGAGCAACGGCGAACCUAACGGAGACUACGAGUCCAUGGCCGACUCCAUGUGUGCCUCGCAGCAGCGCCAGAAGCACUGGGUGAACUGGAUGUCACAGUCAGUGGGCAUGUCGAUGGCGAACUCGGUCAUCGACACCUCGCGCGUCGUACGUCCGGCAAAUAGCAAGCCGGUGGGCGGGGGAAGCAAGGCGCACAUGGAGCGAACGUCCAGUUACAUCAGUGUCAAUCAGCGAUUGCCGCGUCCCGUGUUGGAAGAGUCGGGCGAUGAUGUGUACAGGCAGUGGGCCUAG